UUAGGUGAUGAUGGAGGAAGCGGCGUAGCUGCUACUGCUGGUGCUGCUACUGCUAUUGCUGCUGCUGCUGGUUGUAGUAGUAGUAGUGGUGGUGGUGGAUGUGGUGGGGGGUGGCGGUUGUAGUGUUUACUUGUGGUAGCCGAGUGGAGAGGCCGGUUUGUUAACAAGGAAGGGUGAUGUUUACCCCAGUUCAGCGGACGGCAGCUGGCUGUACCAGCCGGAUUAGCAACCCUUACGACAUGACAUUCGCAGUUACAAUACAAGCAGGUGUUCCUUUGUCUUCCUUCCCAGAAUGCUUCAGCUGCACUACUGGCCAAUGCACAACUCGACAAUAUAGAUCUACACAACCGGUCUCUCACAGCUCUUCGUAUUCACACAGCCAAUGAUAAAAAAAAAUAUAUGUAUAUAUGUGUAUACAUAUAUACAUGUGUGUGCGUGUAUAUAUGUAUAUGUAUUUAUAUAAACGUAUAUAAAUAAAUGAAUAUAUAUUACAUGUCUACAUAUAUACGUAUAUAUAUAUAUUUAUAUAUUUAUAUUAUAUCAUAUGAAACGACAUGAAGACCCUCCAACGGCUCCUAACAUUGGUUGCGUUAUCGUUCGUCUUAACUGUCGUGCUGUUAAAUACAGCCCUAGUCAGUCGACUUUUCUCCAUGUCUUCCACUGAUUAUUUGGGGACAGAUGUGGACACAGCUGGCGAUAAAGAGGCUGCUUACUACCUAAUUCGCGAGGGCCAGGCCGUCAGCGACCCCUAUCGCAUAGAUUACUCUAACACCAGAGCCGGGGCAAACCGAGCUCACUUGCACUUGCUCCGAAAAAACCUCAACAAAAGUAACGCCAGUAGCGGCGGAGGAGGAGGUGGUGGUGGUGUUGGUAUCGGUGGUGGUGGUGGUGGUGGUGGCCGUGACGCUGCUGUAGGUGGUGGUGGUGAAGUUGGAGGAGUAGGAGGUGGAGGAGGGGCUGAUAGUGGCGUAGGUGCCGCUGGCAAUGGCGGUGGAGCCGUUGCUGCUGAUGUUAUUGCUGGUGGUGGUGGCGGCGGUGGUGGUGCCGCCGAUGAAGAUGACAACAAUGAGAACAACAACAACAAUAACAACAUAAGCUUGGAGCGGGAGAAGGCAGCCCACGACCAAAACGAUACGCCCGAACAGGAUGACGACAUUCCGCUACGUCACGAGUUGGAAGGCGGAGGCAACAACCAGCGCCGAAUGGAUAAGAGUUUACGCUGGCGUAACAGCAAGAGGACAUCUUUGUUAAACGCUGACAUUUUGCAGAAGUGUGUGAAUUCAAGUCUUAACGCCGUAUAUAUCAAGGAACUCCAUCGAAUCAUGGAAAAGUACUUCGGGGAUAAAAUCGAUGUCAUACCGGCACAGCGUCGAAGCGUGAGGAUGCCAAGUCUCAAGUCGAUUUUCCGCAGUUAUGACCAAAUGUCCAAACUGACCAGUUGGGAAGCUAUUUUCUACAAUAUCAAGCAGGAUGCUCUGUAUGACAGUAGAGACCCUGCUGUUAAGGCUGUGCUUAAGGAUCUGCUGGAACAACCAAUUGAAGAAGUUGAAAUGAAAUCUGGUGGCACGCAAUUGAAGUUGAUUUUUACUUUUGAGAACGAAGGCCGAGCUUUAUUUAAACCCAUGAGGUAUAAUUUUUCAGAUAAUACGAAAAAAGAUUCGGAUAUGAUGUUAGACCAGAGUUUCCAAACCAUUUUACUAUUAGGAUUAGGGAUACUGAACUUUAAUCGAGUCCCGCCCAAUUCCGGACGUCUUAUCAAUAUGACACGAGAUAUCAGAAGACUUUCCGAUAAGAAACUGGCGAAAACAUUUUUCAUAUCUCCAGCCAAAAACAUCUGCUUCCAUGGAAGCUGUUCUUACUACUGUGAUACAAGUCACGCAAUCUGUGGCAACCCAGAUAUGCUGGAAGGAUCUUUUGCACUUCUACUUCCACCGGACAAAGUGGCUCCGCGCAAAAUAUGGCGGUCGCCCUGGAGACGUUCUUAUUCGAAGCAUCGAAAGGCACUGUGGGAAAUCUACGACGAUUAUUGCGACCAAGUUCGAACAAAGCCCCCAUUUGACAAAGGUCGUCGCCUACUUGAUAUGACCGAUAUGGCAGUGUUUGAUUUCCUAACAGGAAACAUGGACAGGCAUCAUUACGACACAUUCCGGGAAUUUGGAAACGACACGUUCCCUCUACAUCUCGAUAAUGGUAGAGGGUUUGGAAGAAGCAACUACGACGAGUUCACCAUUUUAGCCCCUGUCUUCCAAUGUUGUCUGAUACGCUAUUCGACCAUCAUGAAGCUGUUUCGCUUUCACCGGGGACCAGUGCCGCUCAGCCAGAUGAUGCAACAGUCUCUUGCCUCCGACAGUCUAUUUCCGAUACUCACCAAAGCUCAUUUAAAUGCGCUGGACAGAAGAGUCGCGAUUAUUUUACGGACAGUUUAUGAAUGUGUUAUACGCGGAAAUGCUGUAGCGGAUGUAAUUGUCGAUGAUGGAUUUUAACAGUUUGAUGGAAUCAGAACAGUUCAGAACUUGAUUGGAAUAAAUCGUAUCAAAUCAGAA